AUGUUUUACUUCCACUGCCCGCCGCAGUUAGAUGGGGACGGCUUCGGAGGUCACAGCGCCGGCGAUUUCGAUGACGGGUUUCUCCGCAGAAAGCAGCGUCGGAACCGGACAACGUUCACCCUUCAGCAGUUAGAAGCUUUAGAAGCCGUCUUUGCACAGACACACUAUCCAGACGUAUUCACUAGGGAGGAACUCGCAAUGAAGAUAAAUCUGACCGAAGCACGAGUCCAGGUAUGGUUCCAAAACCGACGAGCGAAAUGGAGGAAGACGGAGAGAGGGAGCGCGGAGCAGGAGACGGGGAAAGAGAUCUCGGGAGAAGGAUCGCCGCCGAUGAGAAACCUCAACUCUCCCUCUCAAAUGGAGCAAAACCGGAACAAGAAGGAGUCUUUAGAAAUGCAGCAGAAUCUCAGCAGAGCGGUCGGUCCCGCCGGGCCCUUCUUCCCAUCGUGUCUGCCUACCACUCUCCUCAACACCGCCACCUACGCCCAAGCUCUCACCCAAGUUGCAUCGUUAAAAGGGAACUCCCUGUGUUCCUGUUGCACACCAGAUCCAAUGGGCCUGUCCUUCCUGCCACCAUACGGUUGCCAGAGUAAUCGAACGGCCAGUGUGGCCGCGCUACGGAUGAAAGCACGUGAACAUUCCGAGGCUGUGCUCCAGUCUGCCAACCUGCUUCCGCCAUCCAACAACAGCCCCGCCAUUGGAACAAAGGCUGCCUUGGAUGGCGACCAGGAGAAGGCAAGCCUCCCCAAAGAAAAGAUGGAGAGUGAAAGGAACCUAUGA